UCUCCCUCUCUCAUCUCGUCUCCACUCGUCUUCUUUGGUUCGUUCUCUCGCAAGAAGGCGAGACUCCGACGAUCAAGCUCCAGCCAUGGGGGUCACCAAGGCGGACGUCGAGGCGGCGCUCACCUCCACCUUCAAUCCUUCUCAUCUCGAAGUCAUUGACACCUCCGGAGGGUGCGGAGCGAGCUUUGAGGUUGAGGUGGUUUCCGAGAAGUUUGAAGGGAAGAGGCUGCUGGAGAGGCACCGGAUGGUGAAUGCUGCGCUGGUUGAGCUGAUGCAGAGCAUCCACGCUCUCUCCAUCAAGAAGGCCCUUGCCCCAUCUCAGCUCCCUCCUCCUGCUGAGCCUGCUGCGGCCUAAGUCUAGUACUUCCGUAUUAUCUCCGUUCAAUCCGUGAUAUAUUAUCUUUUUCCUUUGUUUUUCAUGCUCCUUUUGUGCCUCUGGUUUUAGCUUUAACUUGAUAUGAUUGCACUAGUAUACAAGCAUUACUGCUCUGCGUUGUGAUAGUAAAUGAUGAUAAUAAUAAUAACAAUAAUUGAAGUUUGAAGAUAAUUUAUAGUGAUUUAUGUGGAUU